AUGGAGCGGAAUAGCAACCCCAUUGAAGACUACUCCGUCAAUGUCUUCUCCGUCAUGCCACGUCAGCCGAACAACUCUGAAGCCCAGGUGUCUGAUGACGACAAAGCUGGUGCGACUUUACUCUUUUCUGGUGUCCUUUUGGGGCUAGUAGGAAUUACUUUCACAGUGAUGGGAUGGGUGAAAUACAAAGGUGUUUCUCAUUUUGAAUGGACUCAGUUGCUGGGGCCGAUUCUACUUUCGGUCGGUGUGACUUUCUUGCUGAUUUCAGUAUGCAAAUUUAAAAUGCUCACCUGUAAACCUUGCAGUGAAAGAGAGGAAAGAACAUCAGGGACAGACCAGACUCCUCACGGACAGUCUUUUAUUUUCACUGGAAUUAGUCAGCCUAUAACGUUCCAUGGGGCUACCGUGGUACAAUAUAUCCCUUCUUAUCCAGCCCAGGAGAGUCUUGGUAUAACUUCUGCAAAUUUCCAUCAAGUUUGCAGCCAUCAUGGACUUCUUCCAUCAUCUGGAACAAUCAUUCCUGGUCCCAGCACUCCACAGUAUUAUAACGUCUACCCACUGGAUAACUUUACUUUGUCUGUGGAUGAGAACCCUUCUGCUUAUCGUGCGGUGGACCCCAGAAGUGAAUGGUCAACUGAUAGCGUCAAAGAACCCAAAGAAGUGUUGGAUGAAGAUGUUUGCUGUGAUUUCUCACCUCCACCAUAUGAUAAACUAUUUCCACUGUUUGUAUUUUGGCUGAGAAGCGAAGGACAGUUCCGGGAAAAGCGAGGGGCGCUGACUUACAUACCAGGCUAUGGAGAGUCGGUGUGCGUCUCGCUGGAAGGCAAGACGGUUUCCCAGAUUCGAAAUGAUCUCGAAAGCCCUGAAACCGACUGGCUGAGGCCUGAGCGAUCUCGAGCCAAAGCUCCCUUCGCCACUCGCAUGAAGGGCGCCUCCUUGGCAGGCGUGGCUGCUGGCCUGUUUCGUGUCCUCGCGUUGCAGCAGGAAGGAGGUGGCCCGCCGGGUUCUCGGGGUCCCCUGGCCGCCCUGGCCAAAGAUAGCCUCGCCAGAGAUGGCUGA